GCUGCUCCACCGACGUCGAGAGAAAAACGCCGUUUGACAUUGAAACACACACUCUUCUUGUGGAAACGCACAGAAACGAAUCGCACGCAAAGGCACGCAACGUCCGUGUAUUUGCACCACUCGAAAAAUAUGAAAAAAUGCCCGGACAAGCGCUCUCGAUGUCGCGCGUUUCCAAACUUUCGCCACACUCUGAUAAUCGCAAUUCGAUACCGGCAGCGCGCGCAGCCUGCGAUUCAUCGCGCGGGAACGUCACAUCUCGAUCGCUCGAUUGCGCAGAACUUCAAGUCGUCGCAUCAAGUCGCUCGUCUCGUCGAUCGUUACGACAGAAUGAUUGCUUCACUUGCACGGAUUGGCAGUUCUGCGAUAGGCCAGAGAAAUCUUAAUUGUUGGACAGCGGCGAUCACAAAGAAGCACAGAAGGAUAUACGAACGAACGUAUCCUACAAUUCUUGUUUUGCCAGAUGGAAGUAGUAUAGAGAUCGAGUACCAUGAGCCGCGAAAGAUAAUAACUCUCCCGUUAAAUGUUGGAGAACUUACACCAGAACAACAAAAGAAGCGACUCGAGAUGCGUAAACCAAAAACGAAGGUAGUCAUAACUGAGGAAAUUGAAGACAGCUUUGAUGAGAACAGGUAUCUCAAUUUUAAAAAGUGAUUGUAUCUAAGCAUUUCUGAGAAUUGUAUUAUACAUGCUAUAUCUACAUCAAAGUAUAAAACUAUAAGUCACACAAAGAUUCUUUCUAUUCGUACAUUUUUAGUUUUAAGUAAUAUUUAAAAUAUUACAUACCUAUUUCCUCUGUAAUAUUGAGGAGAUGUAAAUACUAUUAUAAACUUUUGUGUUGUAUAUGUCAUAACAUAAUAGUGAACAAAUCUAAUGUUAGACAACAUUGGACAAUACUAUGAAUUGUAUCUUAAUAAUUUAAGUAAUAUCUCUUGUAUAAAAUAGAAAAUAUACCAUUUAUAAUAUGACAAAUAUUAUAUUAAUAAUUGUUCUACAAACAUAGAAUAAUGUUUGUAAGUCUUUAUGAUAGCGCAAUAACAAAUUAAUAACACAAUAAAGAUGCAAUUAUGCAAGAUAAUAUUAA